CUGAAAAAGCAAAAUAAAAAAAACCCUAGCUCGAAACCCUAAUCUCUCUCCACUCUCUCUCCCUCUCUCUCUCUCUCUUGUGAAUUCGAAGCACAAUGAAGCAGAUCCGACCCUUCAAGGAGAUGUUCACCUUCGAGGAGCGGGUGAAGGAAUCUAAGGACAUCAUCGCGAAGUAUCCCGAUCGAGUCCCCGUUAUUGUUGAAAGAUUUUCGAGGGCUGAUCUUCCGGAGAUGGAAAAGAAAAGAUUUCUGGUUCCCCGCGACAUGUCGGUCGGCCAGUUCAUCCACAUCUUAAGCAGCAGGCUACAUCUUUCGCCGGGAAAAGCACUUUUUGUGUUUGUGAAGAAUACUCUGCCUCAAACAGCAAGCCUGAUGGAUUCGAUAUACGGGAUGUACAAAGACGACGACGGUUUCCUCUACAUGUGCUACAGCAGCGAGAAAACAUUCGGAUCAGUCGUAUAAACUCGCGUGAAUUAGUACUUAGAUGGUUGUAAAUUCCAGCGUAUUAUCUCGAUAUAUGCUGAAAUUGGAUUGUUAAGUUCAUGGUUAGUGUUCCGUUGUAGAUAAACUCUCCUCCGAGUCGAUAUAUUUAUUUGGUUGCGCUGUUCCUGCUUACUCGCUUGCAACUCUUCACUUCUGAAACUCGAAGUUUAGUUCAAAAAUAGCUUUCGGAUUUCGCUUAAUGGAUUAAUUUGUCGCGGUUCACUCGA